AUGUCGCGUAACUUCCUCGAUCAGGACUUCGGGUCCGAAGAAGAGGACGAUGACUUCAAUCCGGCUCCUGCCGUUGACUCGGAAAAUGAAGAUGUAGAGGAGGAUGAAGGCCAACAGGAAGAUGGACCUAAUGAUGAAGUGAACGGUGAUGGUGGAGAUGACGACGCCGGUGCGAAUGAAGAAGACGAGGAAGGUGGCGGUCAGGAGGAGGAAGGGGAAGAUGAAGAACAACCUGCCGAUGAAGACGAAGAAGAAGAUGAGGAGGAAGAGGAAGAGGAAGACGAGGAGGAAGACGAGGAGGAUGAAGACGCAGUUUCGGGCCGUCCACGCAAGAGGAGAAGGCGGGGUCUGCGUUCCUUCUUCGUCGAGGAAGAAGCUGGUGUCGAUGAGGACGACGAAGAAGUCGAAGAGGAUGAGGAUGACAUGGGUGACGGGUUCGGUGCCGAUGUGCAUCCUGACGACAUCGAUGCUCUUCCCGCCGGUGUGGAAACGGAUGAUCGCAGGCAUAGACAACUCGAUCGCCAACGAGAGAUCGAGGCGAGCAUGGAUGCCGAAAAGCAGGCCCAGGCCCUGAAGGAACGAUAUGGACGCAACCGUAUGGCCAAGACAGAUGCGGUAGUCGUCCCCAGGAGAUUACUCUUGCCGAGUGUUGACGAUCCGAGCAUCUGGGGUGUUCGGUGCAAGCCUGGAAAGGAGCGAGAUGUGGUUCUCGCCAUUCAGAAACGCGUGGAGCAGCGUCCUCCAGGUUCCCGAAACGGAUUGAAAAUCAUCUCCGCUUUCGAGCGUGGUAAAGCCAUGAGUGGUUAUGUCUACGUGGAGGCUCGCAGACAGGCAGAUGUCUUGGAAGCCUUGGAUGGGCUGUUAGACGUCUACCCCAAGUCGAAGAUGGUUUUGGUUCCAGUCAAAGAAAUGCCGGAUCUCCUGCGAGUCAAGAAAUCUGAAGAGCUCUUGCCCGGUAGCUGGGUGCGGAUCAAGCGUGGCAAGUACCAGGGAGAUCUGGCCCAAAUUGAGGAGGUCGAGACCAAUGGCCUUGUGGUUACGGUCAGACUUGUACCUCGCCUCGACUAUGGAUUGAACGAGGACUCUAAUGCACCGGCGACUGAUGCAAAGAGGAAGAGGUUUGGUGGUGCUAACAGUGUCGUUAACCGUCCGCCUCAGCGUCUGUUCAGUGAAGCAGAAGCCCGAAAGAAGCACAGCAAAUAUCUCUCGUCAACAACCACAUUGGGCGGAAAGUCAUGGAACUACCUCGGCGAGACCUAUGUGGAUGGUUUCCUGAUCAAAGAUAUGAAGAUUCAGCAUCUAAUUACGAAGGACGUGAACCCUACGCUGGAGGAGGUUACCAUGUUCGCCCGAGGAGGCGAAGAUGGAACCUCAAAUCUUGACCUGGCUUCUUUGGCUACAACACUCAAAAACACAAACAAAGAGGACGCUUACCGCCCCGGUGACCUUGUUGAAGUGUUCCGAGGAGAGCAGCAAGGCGUCGUUGGUCGAACCGUGUCCACCCGUGGUGAUAUCGUCACGUUGGAGGUCACGGAAGGUGAGAAUCAAGGACAGAAGAUAGAUGCGCCGAUGUCGUCGCUCCGGAAGCGUUUCAGGGAAGGUGACCAUGUUAGGGUUAUCGGCGGCAGUCGGUACCAGGAUGAGUUGGGUAUGGUAGUCCAGGUCAAGGGCGACAGUGUCACCAUCCUGAGUGACACGACCAUGGAGGAAAUCACAGUUUUCAGCAAGGAUCUGAGACUUUCAACCGAAUCUGGAGUCGAUGGAAAACUUGGAUCUUAUGACAUGCAUGAUCUGGUGCAGCUUGACGCUGUCACCGUCGCUUGUGUGAUUAAGGUCGAUCGUGAGUCUGUGAGGGUCAUUGACCAGAACGGUUCGGUUCGAGAUGUUCUGCCCUCAAGAAUCUCCAGCAAAGUCCCACUGCGAAGGGAGUCAGUAGCCACUGAUCGCAAUGGUGCGGAAAUUCGUCGCGGUGAUACCGUUCGGGAGAUUUACGGCGAGCAGCGGACCGGAGUGAUCCUCCACAUCCAUCGCUCGUUCGUCUUCGUGCACAACAAAGACCAGGUGGAAAAUACGGGUGUCUUCGUCGUUCGAACCACUAAUGUCGUCACGGUUGCGGCGAAAGGCGGCAGAGCCACUGGGCCAGAUCUCUCCAAGAUGAAUCCAGCACUGCGUAACGCACCGAACCGGGCUGCUAUGCCACCUCCCCCUAAGACAUUUGGACGCGACCGUCUCAUCGGAAAGACCGUUUCUAUACGGAGAGGUAGUUACAAGGGUCUCCUAGGCAUCGUCAAAGAUGCCACAGGCGACCAAGUUCGAGUCGAGCUGCAGUCGAAAGGCAGUCUGGUUAACGUUACGAGGGACAUGGUCAUAGUCAAAGAUCCCAUUACUGGUCAAACCAUCGAUAUGUCUCGUGGCGGCAAAGGAUCACGCAUCCCAUCGGCCGCAGCGCCGUCAGCUGGACGAGACGGCUGGCAUGGCUCGCGUACCCCUAUGGGCGCUCCCGACUCCUCCAGAACUCCCGCUUGGAAUGCUCUUUCCUCGAGAACUUGGGGUGGCGCCGCUGGUUCCCGUACUCCAGCAUGGAAAGCGGAUGGAUCGCGUACCUCGAACCCGUACGAUGGCAGUCGCACUGCUUACGGAGGCAGUGGAUUC